CACCGGUCCGCCGGGGCCGCCGUCAGGAUCCCUGGGAAGGCAGCAGUGCUGGCAGGAUGAUGGUUUCCCUCCUCUUCCUCCAAGCGAGCCGACCCCUUCGAUGCCUCACCCGGGACUUGCACCCGUCCAGAUGGGAGCUGUGUGUGCAGAGGAAGGGGUUUGGCUGUCCCCACAGGGCUCUGCAGACUGCCCAGGAAACCUCCAGCAGUGACAUUACCCCUGUCUUCACCAGGGCUUUGGCUUUUGGGGAGAAAAUUGCCAUUGUUGACCAAACUGGUGAGCACAGCUACAAGGACCUGCUCAGCAGGAGCCUGCGCUUGUCCCGGGAGAUCUGCAGAGCUCUGGGCUGCUCCAGCAGGGAUCUGAAGGAGGAGAGGAUCUCCUUUUUGUGUCCCAAUGAUGCCUCCUACGUGGUGGCCCAGUGGGCCUCCUGGAUGAGUGGGGCCAUAGCUGUGCCCCUGUACAAGAAGCACCCUGUGCCAGAACUGGAGUACGUGAUGCAGGAUUCCCAGAGUGCUCUGCUCAUUGCAACUGAGGAGUAUCUGGAGAAAAUAUCCCCUAGUGCUGAGAAGCUGGGAAUCCCACUUCUGCCCCUCCUUAGGUCUCCUACUGAGGGGUCCUUGAGUCAGGCAGCAGUGGAAGAGGGUCCCUUGACCACCUGCUCCUCGUGGAAAGACAGAGGGGCCAUGAUCAUCUACACCAGUGGGACAACAGGGAGGCCAAAGGGUGUCCUGAGCACCCAUGAGAACGUCCAAGCUGUGACCACGGGGCUGGUUGAGAAGUGGGAGUGGAAGCAGGAGGAUGUUAUCCUGCACGUGCUGCCUCUGCACCAUGUCCACGGGGUGAUCAAUAAACUCCUCUGCCCUCUCUGGGUGGGAGCAACGUGCAUCAUGUUCCCUGAGUUCAAUGCAGAGAAGGUGUGGAAGAAGCUCCUGAGCUCCCAAGCUCCCCGUGUCAGUGUCUUCAUGGCAGUGCCCACCAUCUAUGCCAAGCUGAUUGAGUAUUAUGACAAGCAUUUCUCUCAGCCACAAGUCCAGGAUUUCGUGCGUGCCUUUUGCCAGGAGAACAUCAGGUUAAUGGUGUCAGGCUCAGCAGCUCUGCCCGUGCCUGUCCUGGAGAAGUGGAAGAACAUCACUGGGCACACCUUGCUGGAGAGGUAUGGGAUGACUGAGAUUGGGAUGGCACUUUCUAACCCUUUGCAUGGAGUCCGUGUCCCAGGCUCUGUGGGCACCCCUCUCCCUGGGGUCAAGGUGCUCAUUGCCACUGAGACCUUGAGGCACGGGGCUCGUUCCUACACCAUCCACGCUCAGGGAGAUGAAGACAACACCCAGGUGACACCGGGUCAGGAGGGACAAGAAGGGGAGCUGCUGGUGAAGGGACCCUCUGUCUUCCGUGAGUACUGGAACAGGCCCAGAGAAACAGCAGAAGCUUUCACACCUGAUGGAUGGUUCAAAACAGGAGACACAGCUGCCUACAAGGAUGGGGUCUAUUGGAUCAAGGGCCGAACGUCUGUGGACAUCAUCAAAAACGGGGCCUUCAAAGUCAGCGCCCUGGAGGUGGAGCGUCAGCUGCUGGCACACCCCCACAUCACAGAUGUGGCUGUGAUUGGGCCCCCAGACAUGGUGUGGGGCCAGCGGGUCAGUGCUGUCGUGCAGCUGUCCAAGGGGGAGAUGCUCUCAGUGAAGGACCUGAAGGUCUGGGCCAGGGACACCAUGGCACCCUACAGCAUCCCGACGGAGCUGAUCGUGGUGGAGGAGAUCCCACGGAAUCAGAUGGGGAAGGUCAACAAGAAGGAGCUUCUGCAGCGCUUUUACCCAAAUUAAUGCACGGCCUGGGGGGCCAGAACCUGGGGCCAGAACCUCCGUGGCAUCCUUGGGGCUCCCUGUACCCCAGGGCUGAUGAGGUGACCAUGGCAGGGGUGAGCAGCCUGGGCCAGGAACAGUCUAAUAAAAGUUGGAUUCAUCC